AAGCCCUGCGCUGGUGAACUUUACCCAAACUGCUAUUAUUUGUCUGGUUAUUGGAGGAGUGGUUUUAUGACAGGCGCUCAGAUCAGCGGGCUGCUCGCCGAGCUUCAGGACAUGAUCAUGGGAAGCACUCUCGCUAAAUGCGCCCUCACCGACCUGGGGAUCCAGUGGGCUGGCUGGGCUCUGGCUGCUGCUUUCAGAACAGAGAAGUUCUACGAUUUGGCAGGAUCCGGCACAUUUAUUCUACUGGCGCACCUGAGUCGGAUCUGGGGAGGAGCAACUUCUACCCGACAGAAAGUUCAGACUGGAUUGGUGACAGCAUGGGGACUCAGGCUGGGGACAUUCCUUUUCCUGCGAAUCUUGAAGGACGGUCAUGAUCGCAGGUUCAACAAUGUCAGAGACAGCCCAGGGACCUUUUUCGUAUACUGGAGCGUUCAAGCGGCGUGGAUAUUUAUUACCCUCCUGCCCACCCUCAUGCUUAACGUAGAGAAGCGCAAUGUGCCUCUGGGGCCGAGGGACUACAUUGGCUGGACUGUAUGGGGCAUUGGCUUCGCUACUGAGGCUAUUGCGGAUCAGCAAAAGUGGCUUUUCAAGCGCGACCCAGAUAAUGCUGGGAAAUUCAUCCAGAGUGGACUGUGGGCCUACAGCAGGCAUCCUAACUACUUUGGAGAGAUCAUGCAGUGGUCGGGUCUGUGGCUCUCGGCAUCAUCUGUCAUGCAGGGGCCUCAGUACCUGAGCGUGGUGUCUCCGCUCUUCCUGUGGUUUUUGCUGCGUUAUGUCAGCGGUAUUCCCAUUCUGGAGAAGCAGGCUAUGAAGAAAUGGGGAUCUGAGCCUGCCUUCCAGGAAUACAUUAAAAACACUCCUCUUCUCUGGCCAUGGCCAAAGUUUUGAUACUGUUUACAGCUGCUAUAAACAUUAAAGAUGCAAACUAAGGAUA